AUGGUAGAUAUACCUUAUGCGUCUACAAUUGGUAGCCUUAUGUAUGCGCAAAUGUGCACACGUCCUGAUAUAGCUUUUGUCGUUGGAUUGCUUGGUAGAUUUCCAAGUGACCCAGGCAAAGCUUAUUGGGAUGCUGCCAAAAAGGUAUUCAGGAAGUCAACAUCUGUAUAUGUCUUCCUACUAGCAGGUCAAGUGGUUUCAUGGAAGAGCCAGAAGCAGUCCAUUACUGCUCCUUCCACAAUGGCUGCAGAGUAUAUUGCUUGUUUUGAGGCCACAUCACAGGCGAUUUAG